ACAGUCCCGGACAGCCGACGCCAUGUCGGAGCUCGCGCAUACGACCGAGCCGACGGAGCCGCUCCUCCCGCCGCUCGCGCUCGCCGCGUCCGUCGCGUGCGUCGCCGGCGCUGCCGCUCUCGCCAACUGCUCCGUGAUAGCCGCACUCUUCAAAACAUCUCGGAGUGGUUUACUGGCCAUCAUUUUACAAUUAGCUGUGGCUGAUCUUAUACUCGGAGCCACAUUAGGACCUGAGUUAUGGUCCUACAAUGCCAGGUCUUGGCCUUUUGGUCAACACAGCUGUGUGGCCUACCGCGGACUGACGGUUUUUGCGUCAACUGUAUCAUCUUACCUGGUAGCUACUAUUGCGCUACAUUCGCUCGCUACAAUUAAAAUUGAAGAAAAAGCGGUCGCCAAAAGAAACAAACGCAACGCACAGGAUGAAGAUGAAGAAAUAAGAUCUUCGCGCCAUAGUUUAGUGACAAGCAGUGACUCCUCCACUCCUCCGAGAACUAUGAACCUGGACUACCGGCUGACUGACCGUCGUAUCUCAGUGGCGCCACCAUCAGUGUUUGUUUGGGUGUUGGCUAUUUCGUUAAGUGUUCCGGAAUAUAUUUUAGCCACUACCGUGCACCAGGAUCAUAGCGUUGUUCUCUGCACUAUUGUGGACAACAGUCAGCGUCUGCACAUGUAUUCAAUCCUUGCUGUUUUAAAUUUGUUCCUACCUCUAUUUAUUAUGAGCAUCGCUGGUGCUCUAGUCAUUAUUAAGUUGAAGAUAAAGAAAAUACUAUCUCAGAUCGAAUGCUUUGAAUCCACUGCUGCACUGAAGUUGUCCCUGUGGCUAAUAGUGAUUUACAUUGUUUUAUGUACUCCUCGUUCUUUUGUCACCGCCUAUAAUAUUUACUCCAAAUCAAUACUAGGUAAUGAGACUUCGUUGGCUCCUAACAAUGACAUGACUGUUGUGAAUGUUGCAACCAGCAGCACGUUUAUUAUUUCAACUUUGCUUCGUCCACUGCUGAGCAUAGCUCUAAUACCACGUGUGAGAAAAUCGUUUUCUUUCGGAUCAUAUACAAGUACAGACAAUGUGUAGAUAAUAAAAAACUUCUGAAGUUAUUAACAUUUUCCAAAGUUGAACAAUAGAUAUCUAAAGGAGGUGAUAUCUCUAAAGACUUGUGUACAAUGUGCUAACGUAGCAUUUAAGCAAGGUUGCAUUUAAAUGUAAGUGAAAAGUUGUGGUAUUUAGUCAGGGAGACCAAGGAUUAGCAUAACAAAUCGACGGUACCUAAACUAUGCAGCCAACAGACUACGAGUAAAUGACAUAGCUAGUGUCAGAUGUGACAAAGUGGGGAAAUAGAGAUAGAAAUUCUUCUAAAAUUAGACAUCU